AUGUACAGCUGUCCUAUAUUAGAGAUCACCAAGCAAGAUUUUUUUAAAGAAGCAAAAGCUCUCAUUGCUCAUUAUAAGAAAAUAAAUGAGAAUAAAGUUCAAGGUACUCCUAUAAAUGUUUUUAAAAAUAAACAUCAAAAAUCGAAAUCUGGCAAAUUCAUACCUUUGGAGAUUAAAAAAAAAGAAACAUUUAAUGUGGUCCAAGAGUUUAAGACAGCACACAAAAGUAUUUGUUUUCCCAAAGAUCUUUCCAAAAGUGAACAUUUGGAGGAGCCCCCACGGCAAAUUUCUUUCAAGGAGCCACGCAGUUUUCAUGUAAAAGAAAAAUACAAGGAACCUGUAGAUCUAAUUGCUAAAGAACAAGUGAAACUGGGUAAAAUAGUGACUAAUAUUGAAUCAGUGAGUAAAAAAAUGGAGAAAGAAAAACAACAGCGUCAUGGGAAGUCCAGAAACAGAAUGUUGGAUCCAUUAUAUGGCUGCCCUAUCAUCAAACUUGGCUUGCCCUUGCAACCCAGGACCUCCUCUUCCAUGGGGCUUCUGGAAGAAGAUGACAAAACAUUCUAUGAUUUGAGAGAAAUUGUGUCAACAAAGCCUUCCUGUUUGGCUCAUGACUCCGGUUUGCCUCUUGUCUCUGAAUCAUCUAUAAUGUUUCGGGAUUAUUAUACUAAAACAUUUAAAACUUUUACGAAAAAAGAGCAACAACCUAUCAAUCCAGAACCAAAGCCACAACCCAGGCUAAAAUCUAUUCUAAAUAAAAGUGAUAAACUUGACAAUAAAGUUAAAAGAAUUGGACCACACAUAGAAAUCUUCCAAGUGUUCCGGGAAAGAAGCCAAUUCAUAAUUACCAAAAAAACAGUUAGAAUGAUCACCGUCAUGCAGGCGUAUGUCAGAGGGUGGCUCGAACGCAAAAGAUUACGAAGAAUAACGAUCAAGGCUUUGUAUCAUGGACCAAAUUUGAGAGCAGUUAUAAACAUGUAUUGUAGACUAAUCCAUCGUGUUAGAUAUAGACUUGGUCUCUGGAGAACAAGACAAAUAAUAAACCUUGCAGAGAUAGAGGAAUGGAUGGACAGAAAAAAAUUCUAUGAAACAAUGUUUGUUAAGAGACAAGAUUGGCAGGGGUUAGACAGAAGUGAACUCCUUCAGUACUUCAAUGACUGUGGUCAUUUCCCAACCCAGCAGCAAAUUGAUGAGGUUUGGGACCUUGUCUACAGAGAAGACCAUGAAAAAUAUCCUGAACUCAUCAAGAAGUUCAAGGCGAUUGAAAUGUUAUUUACACUCUAUCCUCCUCAAGGUGCCCAUGUGCAUAGUAAUAUACAACUUAGGUCAACUUGGCUGAAACCGAUAGUAAAUGGGGAAGAAGGAUAUAAAUAUAUAGUGAGUGGACAUCCAAUACUCAAAAGAGCUAACAUCCGGAUUGUUGGGAAGUUAGUGUCCAGAUCUAUAAGAGAAAGGAAAAUGAGACAACAUCGUUUGUCGUGAGAAGUAGAAUAAUGUUUUCAAUUUAAAGUUGUUCCUUAAGAGAUGAACCUGUUGACCCAAAGAGGUUGACAGUAGCCAUGGAUUAAUUCUGUAUCAGCAGGAUAAAAGGACAAGCAUCUUUGCCUAUUCCAAGAAGGACUUUGAUGAGUCAGUCUAUAAUCUCUAAAUAUCUUUGGAUGAACCAUUCAUUGGGUCUUUUUUGUAAAAAAUAUCUGUUUUCUCAUAAUGAAAUUGAAACCACAUAGUGUCAACUAUUCCUUUCAUUGGACUUAAAUUCGUUUUGUUCCAUCACCAAUAAAU